UUCUUGAGGGCUACUAUCAUAGACUUAGUGAUAGGCUUGAACCUGAGUUGAUUCAUUGAAGUUUAGAUGAACAUGAUCGAUACCAACUCUCAAAGAUCCACGUCUACAGACGUUUGGGACCAGCCCAGUGAUUACUCUGGCCUGAGCUCGUAUCCACCAGGCGCUGGAACUAGAUCACAGCGAACACUCCAGCAAGUCGUCCCAGACGACUGGGAUAACGACGAAGACGAGGAAGAAGAUAGCGCCAAAGUCUGGGAAGACGCAAACAAUAAAGCGCCCAUGCCAGAACUUAUCAUCUCCCCGUCAAGCACUGGGACUUGCGUCGUCCCCCCUCCCCCUUCUGCCUUCCAACCGAUGAUGCGCAUCCUGAAACGGCCCUCUCCAUCCCAAUCAGCCUCGAAUUCCACCACCUCGCUUUCUUCGCAGUCGCGCAACACUCUUGCCGAGCGCGAGGCUCAGUAUCAAGAAGCUCGUAAUCGAAUAUUUGGAAAGAUGAGCGAGCGUGGUGGAGAUGACCUGGAAAGUCGACGUGGGGUGAGGGACAGCAGUGGCAAGGGAGCAGACGCUGCGUCUGCAGUGCUACGUACUCCUAUAGGUCCGUCGGAUGCGGAGAAAGAGGUGGGAAGGACCGAUGACUCCCCUCCAAAGGGAUUUCGUGACAGAAUGAAUGGGAAGAACCAGAACAGCUCAUCUUUGAGUAUGUUACCAUGGACUACGAGUUGACUUAUCUUCCAAUUUCAGCUAGGUCUUUGCUGUUGAUCGACUGUUGUAAUUUUUUCGUGUACACAUCCAGCCCCAGCUUGAUAUAACGCGCUUUUGGGCUGGAGAGCUUUUUUGCGCCGACUCGACACAUGCCAAUCACUGUACUACAAAGCCUUUCGAGCUCGGACUUCUCAUAUACUGCAGGCACAGGGGACGAAAUAUCAAGCCUCGAUACCUUUUAAACCCGGAUGAUUCGACUACAUACAUCACAUCUGAAGUCACAAGCACGUCUCAAGAUCGCCAUUCCGUUCCUCCCAAGCAGAUCACGCCGUGGGAGCAGCAAUUUCGUACAGAUAAGUACCGAAUAACUUUGUCUUUUGUGAUAUU